AUGAAUAUACUAAAAACUUUUUUUGGUAUAACUGUCCAUUUCCAUUAAAUGUUACUAUAAGGACAGUUUGACAUAUUAAUAAGCCUGGUGUAAGUGCGUAUGUAAAAAAUGGCAUCCUGUCUAGACAUAAAUCCUGGGUUACAUCCAAGACAUGAGAAUUGAUAAAAUAUUAAAUAUUUUUUGUAGAAUGGCAGCACUGUGAAAAGAUUUUUACAUUUUAAAAAGUCUAAAAAUUAAUUGAAGAUAAUUAGUAAUAUAAAGGCCAGACAUUGUAAUAAAAUAAAAAUCCAUACCCCAUAGGAAUCCCAUUUCACUAUAAUUAAGUACUUGCUUAUUUUCACUUUCAUUGAUUUAUAUCCUGCAAGAUGUUAUGCAUUGUUGUUUAAUGCACUUAUUUUCGUCAGAGUAAAUGGAUUAAAUACAAAACAUGCAUGCUAACAUGUUGCUUUACAUAAAAGAAAGGUGUACUUAAAUCUGUUUCCUAAAUAUUUGCAAAUAAUUCGAAUAAAAUUAUGCUACAGUAACAAUUGCGCUUAAAAUUGAUGCGUUUUACUAAUGCAAUACAUAAGCAUGAAAAACGUAUUAUGUUGAAAAAUGCAAAAGUUCGUUUAAAAAAAUCAAUAAAAUGAAAAACGUUAAAAAAAAUAAAGAUAAAAAGGUUCCCCACUCCUAACAGGUGUGCGCGUUUGCUGUACGUUAACUUUCCAGUCCAUACGUUGUCUGUACACAGACAUAUAUAUACUUGUCUGCCUGUGCACAGAAUGUCAGAUUUUCUCGUAUUUGCUUCACGCUUCUAAAAUCUCUUCUCAAAGCUUAAAUGGCAAACCGGUUUGACACGGCGCGCGGAGCGUUUAGGCUCCAUCGAAUCCACACUCCCAGUUCUUUCUUGUUCCACUCGGGUCAGUGAUGUUUAAGGAUUCCUGUUGUCUUUCUUUGUGAUGUCACAGCUGGCAGUAGUACUGUAAGUGCCUUGGUAGAGGUGAUGGCGUCAUUCCGUGCCCUGGUGUAGCCUCCCGUGUUAAGAAGAAGGGAGAAGGACUGGAGGCCGAGGCGAGCGUGGCUCUCGCAGCCGGCAUCGAGCAGCGCAAACCCGGACUCCACAGCCUGGCAAAUAUGGAGGCUUCGACGGGGGAUCUGCAGGCCGGCUCCCGUAUUCCGGUGAUCAUCGAGAGGAUAGUGAAGGACACGAUGGUGGUGACCCUUGACCACGGAGACCGCUGCUUCACCGGUAUUUUGAUUGAAAGCUGCAAAAAGACUGGUUUAUUUUGUCUCCCUGAUAUACUGAAGCAAGAUGAUCCUUCACAGCUAAGCAGCAACGGCUUGGUUCCUGAUGAUAGUGGUUGUUCCCAGUCUUCUGAGCUGCAAUCAUGUAACGAGCAACUUUCCACUUCUACAGAUAAUCAGUCCGGCACUGCUACUACUGUUCCUGGAGUGUUACCACAAUAUCCACCAUACUUCGAGGGUGCUCCUUUUCCUCAGCCUUUGUGGGUAAGGCAUACUUAUAACCAGUGGGUGCCACAGCCCCCUCCACGGAGAAUUAAAAGAACUAAAAGAAGAAACAAGGAUUCUGGUAGACUGACAAUAAGCACGAUAAGACUACGGCCAAGACAAGUGCUUUGUGAAAAGUGCAAAAACACAUUAAACAGUGAUGAGGACAGUAAAGAUGGCCAAAAUGCUAAAUCCAACAAAAGGGAAAAUGAGAUUAAGGAAGGAAAAAAACUAGAGGAAACAGAACCAGAAAACAAGAAAUGUAAAAAAGAGAAAAAAGAUGAAGAGAGAUUUUUAGGUGAAGUUGUUCCUCAUAGUCCUGUUAUCAAAAUAUCCUAUAGCACUCCACAAGGAAAGGGGGAAGUAAUGAAGAUACCCUCUAGAGUGCAUGGCUCUGUAAAACCAUUUUGUCCAAGACAAUUGAUACAAAAUGGAGAGGACCAUGACAAAUCAAAAGACUAUUUAGAAAACAAGAAUCUUCCAGACAAGCCAACAAGUGGUACAAAUGCAUUAAUUCCAAAACUUAAACUAACUAGGCCUGUUCAUUCCACUGCAGAUGUACCACCUCCAAAAAUUAGGUUAAAGCCACAGAUUAACUGUGGGGACAAUGUUUCAAUAUACCAGUCUGAACUUGUUGAUGGCACUCGGAGACAUACCCAAGAAAGUCCACAAGCAAUUCAAAUGGACACACAUUCUGAAAAUUCUACUGAAAAAAGUUCUUUGGAGAUUUCCUCUGGAAGCUCUGGAGAAGAGGAUGAAUUUAGGAAGCAGCAUAGCACUGUACGACAGCAUAAUGAUUUAACAUUGUUAUUAAAUUUUCGUAAGAGAAAAGCAGACUCCUCAAAUUUGUCUGUCUGUAGUAGUGACAGCCUGGAUGAAUCAAAAUCUUCCAGCUCAGAUGGUACAUCUCCAGAAUUUUGUGACUUUGCUCCUGGAGAAAUUACAUCUGUUUCAUCCUCUUCAAAAGAUGAUCAAAAGACUGUACCACCCCUCACAGUUCGAUUGCACACCAAAAGUGUCACCAAGUGUGUCACAGUUGAAGGACAGACUGUUUCUGUUGGAGAUAUAGUUUGGGGUAAAAUCCAUGGUUUUCCUUGGUGGCCAGCACGUGUUCUUAGCAUUAAUACUAGCAGAAAAGAAGAUGGUGAGCCUUUGUGGCAAGAGGCAAAAGUUUCUUGGUUUGGGUCACCAACAACCUCUUUGCUCUCUGUGUCCAAACUGUCCCCAUUUUUGGAGUUUUUCCGAUUGAGGUUUAACCGAAAGAAGAAGGGAAUGUAUAGGAGAGCUAUUACAGAAGCUGCCAAAGCAGCUGAACACUUAACCCCUGAAAUAACAUCUCUUCUCGCACAUUGUGAGGCAUAGGGAACAAGAGUGAAGCACAGCUGUUCUGUUUUUUGUAAGCACGUAGACAAUCUGCUGCUCUCCCUUUAAAGGAAUUUUAUGGGGUCGUGUCCAUUCCUCUGGAACACCUUUAAAUAAUGUGAUUCAUGUCAUCAUUGAAGAGUAACCUGGGCAGAAAGACAAUAUUCUUUUAAAGAGCAAGACUGACAGGAAGCAGCAGAAGAACAGAAAAUGGAUUCUGUAUGGAAAAACUGAGGACUUUCUUCUUCCAGAGCACAGGUUACAAAAUUUGCCAAAAGUACAUCACUAAAACGUUUUGGAAAAUUGCCACUCCUGUUUUUCACCACCGCACAUGUAUGUUUUUAGCCUGCCUUUUUAUUUGUCAUCUCUCGGAAUAGGAAAGCUUAUUCUUUGUUUUCAGUAUAGACAAAAGUUCAAUGUAUGUGUGUGUAUUGUUUUCUUAAGUGUAUUAUUUUUCUAAGUUCUCUUGUUUCAGUUAUCCGCUUCUGUAAGUUCAGGACAUACUACCAGAUUUAACGUCAACCAUGCAUUUUGUCUAACACUGUUUUUACCUUGCCUCAUUUUCAGCUAAUUCUGUUUUAGGGUAAAGAAGGUUAAUAGUAAGAAAAUUGUGCCUGGCUAAAAGUGAUGUGGUGUUUUAAAUGGAAAUAUACAUAUUUAGCUGUAUUUUCUUUUUAAGACUGGGGAACAGAAUGCAACUUUUUCAGAUGUGUAACUCAAACAUCUGGGGAGAUUUUAAAAAUGUUGUGUGUCUGUGUUGUGGUUACACAAUGAGAAGAAUCAGUCAUGACCCAGGCUCUUUAAAGUGUACUACAUUUUCAUUCUUAUAAUGGUAUUUUUCCAUUACAUUUGGCAUUUUAUGUGCUAUCAUUUGUUUGUCUCCGCUGUCCAAGCAUUGAGCAGCAGACAUUUCUUGGUGACAAACAUGCCAUACAUCUUCCUGUAUAUUAACUUGUAAAGUCAUUGUGUCUAUCUCUGCAUGUCCUGAAUAUUUUUAUUUGAGGCUCAGCAGUGAAUAAAAUGUAUGUUUUUACCAAAGGGCUUAACAGUUAUUUUAAAAAUUAAAAAAAAAGAUUAAAUGCAGAAGCAUUGUGUUGUAUUAACUAUUAAAAGUGUUAAUGUAACAAACUCCUGUAAAUGCUCCAUCAGUUAUGUUAUGAGUGAGGGUUAAAGAUAUUCUUCUUUCCUAGAUUUUUUUUUUUCUUAACAAAGUAUAGAUGUGUUGUAAGAGGGAGGGCUGUCUUUGAGUGGAGCAUCAAGCUGUAUUUAUACGGUGUAAUUUAUUGACAUAUUUUUGAAUAUCAGAAAAAAUAAAGAGAAAAAGAAGAAAAGAAAUCCUGCACAGUUGAAACUGAUCUUUAUUGUUCUGUCCAGAAGUGGAAUGUGUUUUGAUUUAUAGGGUCUGGUUAUUAUGAUUGAGAAUUUUCAUACAUUCUUACCAGUCCACUUCCUUACUUUAAAAAGCAGAGUCAACAAAUCACCCUUUUAAAUGAUAAAUGAACACAAUGUCACUUUUGAAAAUCAAGAGCUAUUUUUUGAUUUAUGGUUUAAAAAAAAUAAACUUGAACUGUUUCAUUUUAAUAAUAAUCUUUAUUGAAUUCCUUUGCUCCAUUUCUCAUCCACUUUUCAUGGUAAUAACAUGAUGACCUGGAUAGACCAGGCCAGGCCACCUGAUGAUUAACAACAGUCCCCAGUUUGCUCCCAGGUAAGUUAAGAGAGAACCUCUUUUGCAUGUCCUGGGUCAUUGCUAAGGGGCCCGAGGUAUCCCCAACACAUGCCUGGACCUCUUUCUUGUUCCAUAAGGGGCAGGAAGUAGUUCGAAUCGGAGGUGUGCUACUGAUCAGCUCACUGCAUUAUGGACAGUGAACCCAGCAAUUCAUUCUCGUUUAAGCCACUUGUACUCCUGAACCCAUACUAUUAUUUAAAAUUUAAUUAACACUUCCUUACUUUUUAUUGGUAUAAAAUUAAGAAAAUUUAUUAAGUAAUCUAGGAUAUCUUAUAAGGUUUCUGAGGUUUAUUUAAAAGUAUUGAUGAUUUGGUCACAGAGUUUUCUGAACUGGUUUAAAUAUUUAAAAUACGGUUGGUUUUGGUUGGCUUUAUAUGAAAUGCACAGCUGUUUGCCGAUUUUUCUUCUUUUUUUCUGGUUCUGUAGUAAACACAACUUAAGAUGCAAAACAAAAAAAUUUUAAGUGUUGCAUCGAUCAUUAUUAAUUGACUGGGGUGCUUUGUUUUUUUUAUCCUUUGUAUUCUGCAGUCUAAAAGCAUUAAUGAAACUUGAUAGGAUAUAUUGAACAGGCUGCAGGACUUUGGGUAUUGAACAUAACAUGCAGAAUACCUCAAGGGUUUGUGCUAAAGAUGGUAGUCUCAUCCUCAACUAGUCUUACACUAAUCUAAAGUAACAUUUAUUCUUACUUCUCUUACACAUGUUUAGGUUUAUUGUGUUCAAGUUUAGAGGUUUGAGAUUAAAAAAAAAGCCCUUUGUCCUUGCAGAUUGACUUCUUGUUACAUAAUACACUGCAGUAUUGGGUCACUUUGCCGUUUCUUACAGUAUUUGACUUUAUAUGACUUAAUUGUUGUGUAGUCCCUCCACAUGUCCUCCAGAUUAAAUGCCAUUAAAUAAAUAAAUAAAAUUUGCUGAUUUGCUAAUUUUUCAGACUUCCCUACUCAAACACAGGGCUGCAGGCGCUGUAACUCCGUCAUCUUGAGGCCUUUUUAAUCUGUUUGUGUCUACUGUACAUUAGUUAUAAGGUUAACCAUUCAUUAUCUUACUAAAUCAUUAAAAGCGCUGACACUGUGUGAGCCAUCCUGCUUUUUAACAUACUCCUAAAUCCUAACCUUUAAACCAGACGCUUAAUUCGGGAACCAGUCAGUAUCUGAAAUGGGUUUUACUUUUAUUAUUAUUAUUGUAGGUAAGCGAUGGCAGCAUGGCAUUUUUAAUCACCAUGGUAUGUUUAUUGUCAGUUCCCUGAAAUCUUUAUUAAAUGCAAUGUAACCUCCUAUAAAAUGUGCAAUGGGUUAAAUGCAAGUUACUGUAUUUUAAUUAAAAUUUUUCAAAAGCUAUGCUACUAUUUGUCCUAAAUCACCUGUGGUGUUCCAGUGGUGGAUUUCUUGGGGGG